GGCGGAGGGAGGCGGGGGUCACGCGGAUCCUGGCCUGGGCUUCCCCGAUCCCGGCCUAGGCGUCCCCGAUCCCGGCCUGGGCGUCCCCAUCCGCACCCGGGACUCGACGCCGCCGCCAUGGAGAGCGGAGGACGGCCAUCUCUGGGCCAAUUCAUCCUCCUGGGCACCAGCUCCGUCGUCACCGCCUUCCUGUACUCCGUGUACCGGCAAAAGGCCCAGGUUGCCCAAGAGCUCAAGGGAGCCAAAAAAAUCCACUUGGGUGACGAUUUAAAGAGUAUUCUUUCCGAAGCUCCUGGAAAAUGUGUGCCUUAUGCUGUUAUCGAAGGAGCUGUGCGGUCUGUUAAAGAAACACUUAACAGCCAGUUUGUGGAAAACUGCAAGGGGGUAAUUCAGCGGCUGACGCUUCAGGAGCACAAGAUAGUGUGGAACCGGACAACCCACCUUUGGAAUGAUUGUUCAAAGAUCAUUCACCAGAGAACCAACACGGUGCCCUUCGAUCUGGUGCCCCAUGAGGAUGGCGUGGCCGUGGCUGUGCGAGUGCUGAAGCCCCUGGAUUCAGUGGAUCUGGGCCUGGAGACGGUGUAUGAGAAGUUCCAUCCCUCCAUCCAGUCCUUCACCGAUGUCAUUGGCCACUACAUCAGCGGUGAGCGGCCCAAAGGCAUCCAGGAGACUGAGGAGAUGCUGAAGGUUGGGGCCACCCUCACAGGGGUCGGAGAGCUGGUGCUGGACAACAACUCUGUCCGCCUGCAGCCGCCCAAGCAAGGCAUGCAGUACUACCUGAGCAGCCAGGACUUCGACAGCCUGCUGCAGAAGCAGGAGGCGAGUGUCAGGCUCUGGAAGGUCCUGGCGCUGGUUUUUGGCUUUACUGCCUGUGCUACCCUCUUCUUCAUCCUCCGCAAGCAGUAUCUGCAGCGGCAAGAGCGACUGCGCCUCAAGCAGAUGCAGGAGGAGUUCCUCGAGCACGAGGCCCAGCUGCUGAGACAAGCCAAGCCCGAGGACAGGGAGAGUCUGAAGAGUGCCUGUGUCGUGUGUCUGAGCAGCUUCAAGUCCUGCGUCUUUCUGGAGUGUGGCCACGUCUGCUCCUGCAGCGAGUGCUACCAUGCCUUGCCAGAGCCCAAGAGGUGCCCCAUCUGCAGACAGGCCAUCACCCGGGUGAUUCCCCUGUACAAUAGCUAAUGGGUUCAAGGUCCGCACUUGGACAUGGAAGCAACCUCCUCCCUUUUGGGGGAUCUUUAUCUCGAGGCCUUUGUAGGAGCAGUGCUGGGGUUAGCAGUUACCUCCAGGGAAGACUGAGCUGUGGAGAGGGUGGAAAUUAUUUAGACCCACAGGUCCCCCAGUAGGAUGUGGCUUUUCCAACCUGAGAGGGGACCUCGUCUCCACAGAGCAGGAGAAUCAAAGCCUACCCUGGGAGGGUGCCAUGCCAUGGCGUCUCUUCCCACGGAACAGAUGAGUGCGUGUGUGGCUGAAAGCCUCAUUGCUUAAGCACCAAAGUCAGUGGUCAUCCGCUCUUGUUCCUGUGUUUUCUGGUCCUUUUCUGGUGAAUCGUUGAUGGCUGUGGACUUGGAGGGGAGGAAAGGCUGGGCCCUGAGCACACCGGAUGUCUCCCAGAGCCGCCUCUGCAGGGACUCUGCCGCAGGGCUUCUUCCUUUGCUCACAGUCUGGGAAAAGGUCUUUCUUUAACGUUGUCAGGCUGGAUAGGUCACUUGUGUCCCUUUGCCCUCACCCACUUGCCUUCCAUAUGUGUGCACGUGUGUGAAGACAGCAGAAGAAAGUGAAAUCACAUCUGCCUCUUUUCAAAUGAAUGGGACGCUGGGCAGCAAAACGAAGGGAGGUCGCCGGAGAGGCAGAUGGCCAGUAAGCCCUCCUGGGUGCUGGUUUUCCCGGGGGGAGGAUAAGCUGCCCAGGCCUCAUCGCCCAGAGGAAGCAGUGUGGGUGCUGCUCUGCUAGGCUCCUGGCUCCACAACGUCCUCACAAGGCUUUCACCAAGGAAAAGUAGCUAGUACCCUGAGCACCCAGCCUUUCUGGGCUCCUCGCCUGCCCUGACCCCUGGCAGUGUCAUUGUCCCGCCGUGUAACCACAUUGCCCCUCCCUGCGUUACCAUUCUCCUCUCACCUGUCCCUCGUGAGCCUGUGAGUACAGGACAUGCCGGGGCAUCUUUCCUUACCUCUAAGUGGGUAGAAGUUACAUAUAUAGCUCUUUUUAGUUCUUGUCCCUGUCUUUGAAUCUUCAUCCCUGAUCCUCCUUGGUGUGGGGGAGGACGGGUGCUCUCAGGGGCUUGACACCAGUGCUAUGCAGUGUCCAGUGUCAACAGCACAAAUUAAACACAUUGCAACCAA